ACAAACUGUCUAACUGAAGUCUACUUCGAUGAGGCUCUCCAGCAGGCGAGGGAGCUCGAGGCGUUUCAACAGAAACUUGGGCGGUUGAUGGGUCCCCUACACGGUGUCCCAGUUUCAUUAAAGGAUCAAUUCGGACUCGAAGGGCUGGAUUCGACACUGGGCUACGUUGGCCGUGCUUUUAAAGCCGCCGUCACGGACUGUGUUUUGGUGAAGGUGCUUAAACAGCUUGGUGCUGUAAUCAUCGCCAAAAUCAACUUGCCACAGAGUAUUCUGCUAACUUUCAACAGUGGAGAGGAAACAGAUAAUCCGCUUUGGGGCCUAACCACGCACCCAAUGAACCCUGAAUACACUCCGGGUGGUUCCUCCGGAGGCGAAGGUUCUCUCCUGGCUCUCAAUGACUCAGCACUGGGCUGGGGAACUGAUAUUGGCGGUUCCAUCCGUGUUCCAUCCCACAUGAAUGACUUAUGGGGCUUUAAACCAAGCUCAGGCGAUACUAGUCCCCUGCUCACAACUCUUUAUGGACAGCAUCAGAUACCUUCUGUCGUCAGCCCUAUGACAAGAACACUCUGUAUUAUCACAUUAGCCUCGAAAGCUGUCAGCGAGGUUGAGUGCUGGAGACUGGAUCCUUAA